GUGGCUCCAGGGCUGAGGAGGAGGGUAGGUCCUCCUGGCCUCCGGUGCUAGCCGCGUGAGUGGCCAGAAAGCUUCGGCGCCUCCUACCCCCCAACCCCGGCCCAGGAAGGGGGAGCGAGGGCAAACCCUGCGGGCUAUAAAGGAGCCUGGCCGCGCGGCUCGCCCAGGCUCGCCUCCGGCUCCGCCUUCUCCUCGAUCCUCUCGGAUCUCGGCUACACGGGCUGCGGCGGAACAUGGCGGCUUCCGCACCUCCAGCUUCUCAGGGCAAGUCCUCGGAAGCGGAGCUCGCUGUCGCCUUGGCGGACGUGCCCGAACUGUGCCACCUUCUGGAGAAUGACCCGUAUCUGAAGCCCUACGCCACGGACUUCCAGCGCAGGUAUAAGAAGUUUAGCCACAUUUUGAACAACUUUGGAGAGAAUGAAGGUGGUAUUGAUAAGUUUUCCAGAGGCUAUGAAUCAUUUGGCGUUCACAGAUGUGCUGAUGGUGGCUUGUAUUGCAAAGAAUGGGCCCCAGGAGCAGAAGGAGUUUUUCUUACUGGAGAGUUUAGUGGCUGGAACCCAUUUUCAUACCCUUAUAAAAAACUGGAUUAUGGAAAAUGGGAGCUGUAUAUCCCUCCAAAACAGAAUAAAUUUGUAAUCGUACCACAUGGAUCCAAAUUAAAGGUAGUUAUUACUAGUAAAAGUGGAGAGAUCUUGUAUCGUAUUUCACCAUGGGCAAAGUAUGUGGUUCGUGAAGGUACUAAUGUGAAUUACGAUUGGAUACACUGGGAUCCUGAACACCCAUACAAAUUUAAGCAUUCCAGACCCAAGAAGCCAAGAAGCCUGAGAAUUUAUGAAUCUCAUGUGGGAAUUUCUUCCCAUGAAGGAAAAAUAGCUUCUUAUAAACAUUUUACAUGUAAUGUACUACCAAGAAUCAAAGACCUUGGAUACAACUGCAUUCAAUUGAUGGCAGUCAUGGAGCAUGCUUAUUAUGCCAGUUUUGGGUACCAAGUCACAAGCUUUUUUGCAGCUUCAAGUCGCUAUGGAACUCCUGAAGACCUAAAAGAACUUGUUGACACAGCUCAUUCAAUGGGUAUCAUAGUCCUCUUAGAUGUGGUGCAUAGUCAUGCUUCCAAAAAUGCAGAAGAUGGAUUGAAUAUGUUUGAUGGGACCGAUUCCUGUUAUUUCCAUUCUGGACCUAGAGGGACUCAUGAGCUUUGGGAUAGUAGAUUGUUUGCUUACUCCAGGUCAGAGUUUUUCAGGUGAUUAUAAUGAAUAUUUUGGACUACAAGUAGAUGAAGAUGCCCUGGUUUAUCUCAUGUUGGCAAAUUAUUUGAUUCACACAUUGUAUCCAGAUUCCAUAACAAUAGCUGAGGAUGUGUCCGGAAUGCCAGCUCUGUGUUCUCCCAUUUCCCAGGGAGGGGGUGGUUUUGACUAUCGGUUAGCCAUGGCAAUUCCAGAUAAAUGGAUUCAGCUACUUAAAGAAUUUAAAGAUGAAGAUUGGAAUAUGGGCAAUAUAGUACAUACUCUCACAAAUAGACGCCACCUUGAAAAGUGCAUUGCUUAUGCAGAGAGCCAUGAUCAGGCACUGGUAGGUGAUAAGACAUUGGCAUUUUGGUUGAUGGAUGCUGAAAUGUAUACAAACAUGAGUGUUCUAGCUCCUUUUACUCCAGUUAUUGAUCGUGGAAUACAGCUUCAUAAAAUGAUUCGACUUAUUACUCAUGCUCUCGGUGGAGAAGGCUAUCUCAAUUUCAUGGGCAAUGAAUUUGGGCAUCCUGAAUGGUUAGACUUCCCAAGAAAAGGAAACAAUGAGAGUUACCACUAUGCCAGAAGGCAGUUUCAUUUAACUGAUGAUGACCUUCUUCGAUAUAAACACCUAAAUAACUUUGACAGGGAUAUGAAUAGAUUGGAAGAAAGAUAUGGUUGGCUAUCAGCUCCACAGGCCUAUGUGAGUGAAAAACAUGAAGGCAAUAAGGUCAUCACUUUUGAGAGAGCAAAUCUUCUUUUUAUUUUCAACUUUCAUCCAAGCAAGAGUUUCACUGAUUACCGAGUUGGAACAGCAUUGCCAGGAAAAUACAAAAUUGUGCUAGACUCAGAUGCAACAGAAUAUGGAGGACACCAGAGACUGGACCACAAUACGGAUUUCUUCUCUGAGCCUUUUGAGCAUAAUGGCCGUCACUAUUCUCUUUUGGUGUACAUUCCAAGCCGCGUGGCCCUCAUCCUUCAGAAUGUGGAUCUGCCAAACUGAAGAGAUCUGAUUUCAACUCCUCUACUUGCAGAUAUGUGUUUUCUUUGUGGUUCUUAUUGUCACAGAGUUUAUAAUAUGUAAGCUUUUCAAAAUACAGUUACCGAGCCAAAAUGUCAGAUUGAAAUUCAGUAUUAUAGACGCAACUAUAUCAAGCUUUUCUUUAAGAAGUACAGAGAGUGGUAUGUUUAAAAUUUGAGGAUCUGUAUUUUCAAGUCAUCCGAGCAGCUAGAAUUUUCAAAUAAAGUAUAAUGUAUGUCUUAAAAACAUUUUACUUUCCUAGGUAAGCAUUUAAUCCUUUUAAUUUCAAAUUUGAAUUAUAUAUGAUAUACAUUUAUUUCUGUUGAAUGUAUACAGCAUCUUUUAAGAUGGAUAGUUGGUGGCCUUAUGUGUAUCUACUUGUCUAAAUUAUGAGAUGCCAAGUUUGUUUCUCUGGGUUUCAUUCAAAUUGUGUUUUAAAAUAUUGUAAUAAAUAUAUAGCAGUAAUAAUAUAAAAUUAAGAAUUGUAUCAAAGGUAAUAUAAAGCCCAUGCCUGUGAACUUAUCUAUGCCUCACUUUGCAUUAAGUAUCUUAUGAUCUGUUCACAUACUAUUUUGUUUUCUGAAGACUUGGAAUGGUAAUUGUAGCAUAUCAGAAAAUGUCUUUUUCUUUCAGUCAAUUAAAAAACUUGCAAAAUUG